UGACAGUUGAUUCUCCCAGUGUGAAGGAGUAACAUGUGUAACAUUAUGUUGGAACCAGGUCCUGGGAGAUAAUCCUGGUAAUAUUUCUACAUUGUAACUAAUUACAAGUUUUAGGUGCUGUCCUUGUUCCGUACACAAAGAGCUGACAAUAUGAAUGAGGUACAGAGAACUGUGCUGCAAAAGCAUCACGUUGAGUUGGGGCGAGACAUCAUUGUGACUGAAGUUCUUCUUGGCGAGUGCUUCCAAAAUAAAAUAUUUGACAAUCAUCUGAUUGAGAUCAUCAGGAAUGACCCGUCACCUUCCUACAAACUGCUGAAUCUCUUGCCCACGCGGGGCCCAGAUGCCUUUGACACGUUCAUUCGGAUCAUUAAACAAGACUACCACUGGCUAGCCUCUACUCUGCAAGACAGCUUGGACAUAGAGUUGUCCAAACCCUGCACUCCCCGGCCAAGCGUGAUUCUCCCCAAACUUGACACCUCUGAAGGAGGUAUUUGCUCUCCACGGUUGAUGUCAUUGGGGUCACCAACAGAUGAGGAGGAGGGAGGCGAAAUACGAAGCCGAGUCACAACUUUUAUGAACCGCAAUUUCGGACUCAACAGAAAAUUAUCUCAGGCAGAUAAGCGUGCAAUUGAACAAUUUAUUACAGAUCAGGCGAAGAUUGAGCGUGAAAAACAACGGACAACUUCAACCUCUACAACAAACGAGGAUGCCAUGGAAAGUCCUGAUAUCUUUGAAUCCUCAGACAUUGUGAAAAAGAACCUGUUUGAUUGUUACAUCAAGAUGAAUGUGCACAUGAAGGCUUUACACAAUGGAGAUGAAAAACAGUUGGCUGGUCGAGAUGAGGGUGUCACAGAGUCUUCUAUGACAUUCAAUAUAUUACAACUGCAAAUAGACACGCUUCUCAACCGAUUAGAGAAAGUGGAAGAUCAGAUAUCUCAAUGUUAUGAUUCGCUGAGUGACAAUGAAAGGUGUGACCCUCUGUCCAAACACAUUGAUAGUCUAAUUUUCCAGUUGACAUCCAAUGAGAAAUUACUAGAGGACGAACUCAGAAAGACCGAAACAAUGACGGAUGAGCUCUACAUCUUAUCAAUGGACAACAAGAAAAUGCUUCAAAAAUCACAGUUAAGAGAUGUUGAACUUGAGGUAAAGAGAAAUCAGGUGACAAAUCUGCAAAGGGAGGUAAUAGCCUCACAAAAAGAGAUUGAUCGUCUAACUGGGAUGCAUAAACAACAUCUGGAAAAGGAAAAGACUUUAAUAAACCUCAGGGAAAUGGUAGAAGAUUUAAAAUCCAGUCAACGUACCAUACAAGAGGAAAAAGACAAUUUAAGUAAGAAACUGAGUGAACAAGAUUCUCGAUCACCACGGCGACAAAUAUCUAAAAAUAGCCGGUUUACGGGAUUGACAACUACUCGCGCCCGACAGCCUACAAGGAGAAAACAGAUCAGUAACAUUGGAAAUUAUCGAGUCAAUCAACCAUAGCAUUGACAAAGAUUAAUCAAGGUUAUCAUUAUCAUAGAUCAAUGGAGCAAAACAUGCAAGUCAUGUUGUCUACCAACUUUAUCUAAACCAUGGAUCAACAAAGCAAUUUCCUAUCAUUGGUCAAGAAACAUGUAGUCCAAAGCAAAUUACAGUGUUGUACUGGACCAGGUUGAUCUUCGGUGACCAGGUGGCUCAAUCAGUAGAGCAUCCAGCUAGUGUUCGGAGGUCCCAGGUUCAAACUCUGGUCUAGCCAUGCAUUUUUCCACAACAUUAUUAUGACCACAGCAUUGUCUUAUAUCAUUAUGAAGCACAUUAUUCAAUGCGUGAGUCAUUAUUGAUAUAAAAUCAGUCAUUACAAACAUGUUUAAUCAAAGAAUUGAGUUGCAGGUCAACCAAAGAUAUUAAUUUCUUGAUAUAAAAUUGCAAAUUGAUAUAAAUGAUGUAACUAUUGCAUCUUCCGCUUACCAUAUUUAUAUGGAAAAAAAAAACCUUCACAUUUUUUCGGAAUCAUCAAAUUUAAAAUAAUAAGUUGAAAAGAAGUUCAGAAAUAAGCCCCUCACAUUAUUUACAGUCUAUAAAAUAUUUCAAUUAAUGAUAAAUAUGUUUGACAUAUUAAACUUCAGGGUUCAGAACCAAAUCUGGUGGGUUACUUCUUCAUUAUCUGAUGUAUUCUGCAGACCUGCCAACCUUUCAAAUUCAAAAAUAGUAAUUUGGCCCAUUUUUGAGCAAAAAAAGAGUAAUUCUUAACAAUUCUUGCCAAAUCUAUUGCAUCAAAAAGAGUAAUUUGCUACUAUUUCGAGAGAAAAAAGAGUAACGACCACCACAAAAUAGUAAAGAUUACUAUAAAAUAGUAGUAGUUGGCAGGUCUGAUUCUGUAGUAGAACGUAUUAUAAACAAAUAUGUGUCACUAAGUUGUGAUCACAAUUGAUUAGGCCAUUUUAUGAGGACAGUUUAUCAAAACAAGUUGACAGUUUGUCAAACCAAGUUGACAGUUUAUCCAACCAAAUUGACAGUUUGUCAAACCAAGUUGACAGUUUAUCAAGUCAAGGUGACAGCUUAUCAAACCAAGUUGACAGUUUAUCAAGCUGAAUCGACAAUUUGUCAAUUAAGCCAAGUCAACAAUUUAUCAAGUUGAGUCGACAGUUUAUCAAGCUUAAUCGGCAGUUUAUCUUACCAAGUUGACAGUUUAUCAAGCUUAAUCGGCAGUUUAUCUUACCAAGUUGACAGUUUAUCUAACCAAGUUGACAGUUUAUCUAACCAAGUUGACAGUUUAUCUUACCAAAUUGACAGUUUAUCAAACCGAGUUGACGGUUUAUCUAACCAAGUUGACAGUUUAUCUGACCAAAUUGACAGUUUAUCAAACCAAGUUGACAGUUUAUCCAACCAAAUUGACAGUUUAUCAAACCGAGUUGACGGUUUAUCUAACCAAAUUGACAGUUUACCAAACUGAGUUGACAGUUUAUCUAACCAAAUUGACAGUUUGUCAAACCAAGUUGACAGUUUAUCAAACCAAAUUGACAGUUUGUCAAACCAAGUUGACAGUUUAUCAAACCAAGUUGACAGUUUAUCAAGCUUAAUCGACAGUUUAUCUUACCAAGUUGACAGUUUAUAUAACCAAGUUGGCAGUUUAUCAAGUCAAGGUGACAGCUUAUCAAACCAAGUUGACAGUUUAUCUGACCAAGUUGACAGUUUAUCUGACCAAGUUGACAGUUUAUCUGACCAAGUUGACAGUUUCUCAAACUGAGUUGACAGUCUAUCAAGUCAAGUUGACAGUUUAUCAAGCUGAAUCGACAAUUUGUCAAUUAAGCCAAGUCAACAAUUUAUCAAGCUGAGUCGACAGUUUAUCAAGCUUAAUCGGCAGUUUAUCUUACCAAGUUGACAGUUUAUCAAGCUUAAUCGACAGUUUAUCUUACCAAGUUGACAGUUUAUCAAGCUUAAUCGACAGUUUAUCAUACCAAGUUGACAGUUUAUCUAACCAAGUUGACAGUUUAUCGGGCAGAGUCAACAGAUGUUUUUAAAGCUUGUUUGUAGAAUUGUUAGAAGAUUCAGUAUUAUUUGUUUGUGUUGUUACUUUUGCAAAUAUAUUUUUCUUGAAGCAUGUUACCUAUCAUUUCCCUUUUUUUUUCUUUAUUCUUGUUUUUAUUUGAAAUUGCAAUAACAGUAAAUUUGUGUCUUAAGCAAACUUAAGUUACAUUUUCAUAUGUAUUAAAGUUUUUUGACUGACAGUAAGUAUAUAUUUAUAUUCAUUUCAAUUA